AUGCGUCACGUCGGCAUAUCCCUGAUCGAAGCCGAAUAUCGUAAUUCGCCCAUCGUAUUCAUCCAUGCUUUGUUGCAAAGGAACAACGAAGGAAAGAAAAUUGUUGUCCAUCCAGUGGGACAAAGCAUACAUACGGCGUCGUCAGAUGAUUUGAACGAUCCCAGCGGACAUUGUUGGCAACGGCUUCCAUCCGGUGACCGUUGCAAUCCAGGUGAACACUUCUCUUGA